UUCUUGGUUCAACCUUCUCUCCGUGUACGCUCUACGUUAUCUACACUCAUACAUGUUAUAAACAAAAAAUAUUAACAAAAUUAAAUUAAUUCAUUUAGAAUACUUCUAUAAAAAUAAUAUUCUAAUAAAAAUAAAGAAUGUAACUAAUCAGUAUUUUGUUUUUUUAUAAUAUCAAUAAAAUUAAUCACAAAUUUUGAGGUUAAGAAAUGAUUAAAUUAAAACAAAAAACCUGUUUCUUAAUUGUCUCGAUUGUCUCAUAUCGGGUGUAAUCGCUCUGUGAACUCUGUGAAUAAUGGAAAAAAUAAAACAAUCUGCGUUUUGGUUAUUUACUCUUUUUGGAAUACCUGUUAUGUUUCCCUGGUUAUUGUACUACUUUUUUACCGAAAUGAUGUUUAAAAAAAGGAAAUCUUCUCUAAGAGGAAAGGUGGUGAUGAUAACAGGAGCAAGUUCUGGUUUAGGAGAAGCAUUAGCUCAUGUUUAUUAUAGUUGUGGUUGUCGUUUAAUUUUAAUAUCAAGAAGGAGAGAUGAAUUGCAGCGAGUUAAGGAUACCUUAAUGAAUAUUCACUAUACGGUCCCAACACAUCCACCCGUGAUACUUCCAUUAGACUUAACAGAAAUAAAUUCACUAGAUUCGGAAGUUGCUAAAGUUAUAAAAAUCCAUGGUACAAUAGAUGUUUUAAUUAAUAACGCUGGCAUUUCCUACAGAGGCGAAGUAGAAAAUACAAAUGUCGACGUCUACAUUAAAGUGAUGCUCAUAAAUUAUUUUGCUCAAGUUGCAAUAACUAAAGCCGUACUGCCGACAAUGGUAGAGCAAAAAUCAGGUCACGUAAUUUGCAUAAGCAGUAUUCAAGGAAAAAUAGGUCUUCCAGGCAGGUCAGCCUAUGCAGCUUCAAAACAUGCUUUACAAGCUUGGAGUGAUUGUUUGAGAUCAGAAAUUGCCAAUAAAAACAUCCAAGUUACUGUAAUUAGUCCAGGUCACAUUCAAACUGCUCUUUCUCUCAACGCUUUGACCGAAAGUGGUCAAAAACACGGUGUAAUGGAUGAAGCAACACAAAAAGGAUUUUCAGCAAGCUAUGUAGCCGAGGAAGUGCUCAAAUCUAUGUUGAAUGGUAGCAAAGAUGUAGCAAUAUCGCCACUUUCUCCAAAGAUUGCAAUUUUACUUCGCACAUUGUGCCCUUCUCUUUAUUUCUGGAUUAUGAAAAUACGGGCUAAAAAUUCUAAAUCUAGUUUAGCAAAAAACAACUAGGUCAUUUCUUCAAUGUUUGUACAUACAUGUAUUAUUUUUUCUUUGCUUUCCUAUUUCGGUGAAUAUUUAAUAAAAAAAAUAUUUUAUUUAUCAAUGUCCAUACAUACAAUAAUUAUUAUUUCAUUAUUGUAUAAUAAUUAGUUCUAAAAAAUUAUGUGAAUCUCAACUUUACGGGGAGGGUAAACCAAUAUUUUUACUUAUAUCGAGAAAAUAAUUUUAAUAUUGCAUAAAGUUGUUUCUAUAAUAAUUUUUUGAGAAGGAUUCAAUGGUCAUAAAAUAUUUUGACCCUUUUUGAAUUUUUCUUAAAACUUAGCAGAUUUUGAAAUCCAUCCCUAAUUUUGUAGACAACAUUUUUUUGUAUUCAUAGAAAAAUUACAGAAUGAAAAAAUUAAUUUUCACAUUUUGUUUGGAAACUAAGAUCUGUUCAUAUCUAUUAUUUAGAAAAUCUAGUUAAGAAAUAAAAAUAAAUAACUAGAAUAAAAUCGAUCUUUUUAACAAAUAAAAAUAUAUCGAAUAUCGUCGAAGUAACGUUAUGUUCACACUGUUCGUUGGCGUCACUUCUCUCUUGUUCGUAAAACGUUGUGCACGCGGUCGCUCGUUCCUCAGAUUUAUAAUCCUUUUUAAUUAUUAUUUUAGCUUUCUUUAAUCAAACAACUUUUGUUGAACGUGUUGAAAAUAAGCAAAGUGUUUAAAAUAAACUGUUCUUAUUAAAUUGUA